UUCAGCCACCCGCCAGUAGUGCUCAGUAGUGAAAUUGUGGUGCAACCUUACUGCUAAUGGCUCUGAUACACGCAAGCAUGGACUACAAAAACGAAGGCCACAGCGGCAUCAACCAGCUGGGUGGCGUCUUCGUCGGUGGGAGACCCCUUCCGGACUCGACGAGGCAGCGGAUUGUCGAGCUGGCCCACGCCGGAGCUCGACCGUGCGACAUUUCACGGAUUCUACAGGUUUCCAAUGGGUGCGUGAGUAAAAUCCUGGGAAGUUCCGUGGAUAUUUGCAGGUACUAUGAAACGGGAAGCAUUCGACCGCGAGCGAUCGGGGGAUCGAAGCCGCGGGUUGCCACGCCAGAAGUGGUCAACCGGAUCUCGAUGUUCAAGCAGAACUGCCCGAAUAUCUUUGCGUGGGAGAUUCGCGACAAGCUGCUGAACGAACGCAUCUGCACACCGGAGAACAUUCCAAGCGUUUCAUCGAUCAAUCGCGUCUUGAGAAAUUUGGCUGCCCAGAAGGAGUUCAGCAAGAAGCCACACGCACAAGAAUCUUCAUCCGAUGACUCAAGCUACUUGUCCACGAAGCCGUUGAACGACAGUUCGCCGUUUGUGCACUACAAAUACGCAGAAAAUGACAUGAAGCCGCAAGCUGAGGAGAACAAGAGUCCGUUUGCGAAGCACUGCUUCACGAAUUUGGAUUCCCCGGUAGGGGGCGGAGGAGGUGGGGGUGGGAGCAGUGGUGGUGGCGGCGGAGUCCUUGGAUUAGGAAGUAAACCACCUCCGACGCAACCACCGUCCUCUGUUGGCUUCGAUUCGGACUCGGAACGGCUCAGCCUCAAGCGCAAACUGCAACGCAAUCGGACCUCUUUUACCGUCGAUCAGAUCGAGUACCUGGAGAAAGAAUUCGAACGAACGCACUAUCCGGACGUAUUCUCUCGGGAACGGCUGUCUUCCAAAACUAAUCUACCUGAGGCGAGAAUUCAAGUUUGGUUCUCGAACCGUCGUGCCAAGUGGCGCCGCGAGGAAAAGCAACGAUCGCAGGCUGCCUCCGAGGGAUCUUCUGUGGCUGUUUCCGUAUCAGCAGCUACUGCCCAACCUCCGUCCGGCGUAUCAUCCUGCAUGAACCUCACAUCGCCCCUAGUUUCCCAUGUCUACGAUUCCAAUAUGUGCGUCGAGGACUCGAACAGCAACUAUCUCAGCAAAACGUAUCCCUUGGAACCGACCGCCUUCCAGAACCUCGAUCCAAUGAAGUCUCCGCAGUCCCAUCAACCUCAAACUCAUUCGCCAAUGUCCUUCAAGCUCUUCCCUAGCAAUAGCGCUGGCGGAGGUUCGGUAACUCCUGGAUCAUCCGGCGGCGGUGGUGGUGGUGCCAGUGGAAGUAGUGCUACCCUCACGUCUUCUGGAUCUCUGCACGAGCCGAGUCUGAUGGACGCGGUAGCCCUGUCCAACAACGGCGGUUUCUCACACGUACCUACCUCGGACGACAAGUCCCUGUACAAUCACUUUGCCUACUCGGCGUCAUCGGCAGCCGUUGCGGCCGCAGCCAACAUGCACCAUUCGGCUGCGUACUCGGUGGCUGCGGCUGCGGCAGCCGAUCAUCAUCACCACCACCACCAUCAUCAUCAGUCCUACAAUGGGAUGUACCUGAAGAAUCAGCUCUAUAACUUGCCGACCAAUGGCGUCCUCAGCUUCCAGUCGACCCUCGACUGGAACAAGAGUUAAUGGUAGGCUCCGCGGGGUUACGACGCUACCGAAGGCUUCCCCGAUUCGUUUAACAAUUGAUGACUACGAUUGACGAUAACAAGCCAUAACAGUAUUUGUGGUGCGAUAAGCUGAAAAUCACGAUAACUAAAUGUUGACUCGGAAAAUAUUUCUAUUAUUAAAACUAUUGAACAAUUGAAACACAAACGUGAUCAGUUUUUAAUGCUAAAAGUGAUGGUUGUCCGUAAUAUUAGCUAUUAUAUAAUGAACAGAAACACAAAUACACGCAUACACGUAUAUAUCUUUGAAAAUGUGGUAUUGAAAGUAUUAUUUUUGCGUCUAACCAUUUAGUACGAUUUUAGGAUACGAUGCUGUGAAACAACAUACAAACAUUACCGACCGAGAGAUGGAGGAGAUUGCAGAAGAGAGUGAGGACGAGAGUGUUAGGAAAAUUUAAAUAUUUUAAUUAUAUGAAAAAUGCCAGAUUGUGGGCAAUCUUACUGAUGAUAAUGAGGAAAUCUCAUACUAGAACAAUAUAAUGACGUACUAUCGCAAUGGGGACAGGAGAAACUGAAAUGUACAAUAAAUUAAGCACAUUAUUAUUGAAGGAACAUGAAAUCAAUUUUUAAAACUU